AUGCAGUCUUCUACGGCCCCUCGCAAGCUCCAGGCUGGAAAUGAGGGCAAUAUCGCAAGGCUGUUUCAGGAGCUUCAGUCGGAAAGAGAGAACAGCUCCGGUUCAGGUGUCUUGCCUGCCCAUCUGAAAGAGUUUUUAGACACCAGCCCCUUCCAGUUGAAAGACGUAAAAGGAGAACAGGAAGUGAGAUUGACUCGCAAUUUUGGUCACGAGACAAUCAAUGCAGCUUUUUCCAUCUCGGCUCUCAACGACCUCGUGACCGUCCCUGAUGACUAUUUCCAAGAUCUACCUAUGCACGACAUUGAUGUUCUUCAUGACUCCCAAGCAAGCGGCACACAGACCAAUAAUGCAACCAAACAAGGGGGUAAAAAGGCGCCCGAACACGGUGUUGCCCCAGCAGACGGCAAAGACCUCAUGGACAACGAAGGAGCCAAGAGCUAUCCCGUACCCAUCAACAUCAUCAUCGAGAAAGAGGGUGUGGAUGACACUCUUGCUUUUGAUGUUUUUGCCGACGAUGGGGAUAUACAGAUCUCAAGAAUAUACUACUACUCGAAGAAGGAACGGGCUAAUGUCAAGACAGUAAAGCAUGACUACACGUGCAUGACCGCAUACACUGGUCCUGUAUAUGGAAACCUGGACGAGGAUCUACAGCGUUUGAUGGAAAAUUAUUUGCGAGAAAGGGGGAUCAACACUACGCUAGCGCAAUGGGUGCCCGAGUACAUUGACUUCAAGGAGCAGAGAGAGUACAUGAAAUGGCUCAGUGAUGUGAAAUCGUUCAUCGAGAGAUGA